AUGACGUCUGACAGAACAAAUUAUGUGACGUACGCUCUGUCAACACCAGGAACAAAUUAUGUGACGUACGCUCUGUCAACACCAGGAAAAAAUUAUGUGACGUACGCUCUGUCAACACCAGGAACAAAUUAUGUGACGUACGCUCUGUCAACACCAGGAAUAAAUUAUGUGACGUACGCUCUGUCAACACCAGGAACAAAUUAUGUGACGUACGCUCUGUCAACACCAGGAACAAACUAUGUGACGUACCAUCUGUCAACACCAGGAACAAAUUAUGUGACGUACGCUCUGUCAACACCAGGAACAAAUUAUGUGACGUACGCUCUGUCAACACCAGGAACAAACUAUGUGACGUACGCUCUGUCAACACCAGGAACAAAUUAUAUGACGUACGCUCUGUCAACACCAGGAACAAAUUAUGUGACGUACGCUCUGUCAACACCAGGAACAAAUUAUGUGACGUACGCUCUGUCAACACCAGGAACAAAUUAUGUGACGUACGCUCUGUCAACACCAGGAACAAAUUAUGUGACGUACGCUCUUUCAACACCAGGAACAAAUUAUGUGACGUACGCUCUGUCAACACCAGGAACAAAUUAUGUGACGUACGCUCUGUCAACACCAGGAACAAAUUAUGUGACGUACGCUCUGUCAACACCAGGAACAAAUUAUGUGACGUACGCUCUAUCAACACCAGGAACAAAUUAUGUGACGUACGCUCUGUCAACACCAGGAACAAAUUAUAUGACGUACGCUCUGUCAACACCAGGAACAAAUUAUGUGACGUACGCUCUGUCAACACCAGGAACAAAUUAUGUGACGUACGCUCUAUCAACACCAGGAACAAAUUAUGUGACGUACGCUCUGUCAACACCAGGAACAAAUUAUAUGACGUACGCUCUGUCAACACCAGGAACAAAUUAUGUGACGUACGCUCUGUCAACACCAGAAACAAAUUAUGUGACGUACGCUCUGUCAACACCAGGAACAAAUUAUGUGACGUACGCUCUGUCAACACCAGGAACAAAUUAUGUGACGUACCUAUGUCCAGCAGUGGACGUCUUGCGGCUGACACGACGAUUAGAUAAACAAUAUUCCUGCUGA